ACUGCAUUGAACUCACAUUUAUUUACCUGACUAAGGUGCCGGGUAAAUCCCAAACGCAAUUGCCUAAUGCCCACUUUCCGCCGACGACUGCAGCCUGAGACCCAUGAUGUCAGUCUGUCGGCGAAUAUAUACCAAACUGCUCGAAGCUGAGCGCGACAAAUUGUAUACUUCCUUUCCUCUUUUGCUCUUAUCCUACUGUAUGCUUUCAUUAUUCCGACCUAGGUCUCUGACUCAAUUUAAAAAUGUCUUCAUUCGAUACUGUUUCUCAUCCCAAUUUCUUACAGGAAUUCUGUCUAAGUGAAGAUCUGUCUCGGCUUAGUAUCGAAUCAGGAUCUAUUCCUCAUACACGCCGGGCAAGACUAUCUUUAUUACAUCCUCUGGAAAAAGACGAUAUACUAGCAUUAUGUCGGCCAAAAUUGGAUCUGUCUACAGUCUCUGAAUCACCUCGCCGUCACUGUGACCAUUCAAAACACGAGUACCUCAAUUUACAACCACUUGGCAAGAUCUGGAGAAAGGAGUUGAUCAAGGUUCCACCUUUUUCUCGAUUAGUAUUCGAUCUCACGUUACCACCGAGUUACUGUAACGCCAAGGAGAGCUCCAGUCGAAGGAUAUACUGGGAUACAUCUACUCCUCAGGAGCCUAGUCUGCUGAUUCCUACCAAAGAUGUCUUCAAUAUAGUCAACACUAUUGCCCUGACAACCAGAAUGCGGAUAAAGGCCGAAGCCUCUUUCGACAUUUGUGACGAUUUGACGGGAGGGAUGAGUUUAUCCGCGAUGAAGGCUCUUAAGAACCAGGUCAUUGCACUCAAUACUGCAGCUAUUUCCAAACGAUGAGAAUGGGAGCGAUUCUGUGUACACCAUCCGCGACGACCAGCAUGGCUCAGAUAGCACUACCCAAAGUCUGGAAGCCGAGGCUCGCUGAACUGAGAGCGCUGGAAUUGCGUGGUUAAAAAUCUUGGUAUACUGGUGAUCCGAGGAGAUAAUUCUCUCGAGAUUGUAAAGGAGGUUACAGGUAUGCGCAUGCCUGAUGUGCAGCUAGUAAUAAUGCCUUACUUAUUUAGGAAUACAGCAUCAACUCCAAUCAGUAAUUAUGUCUCGAAUUAAUCUCAUUUCCCGCAUCC